GUUCGCUUUCUCGGAGAUCGAGCUGAUAACUUGCGCAUGCUAAAUCCAGCGGUCUUCGACGACGGUUGCGAUGGAAGAAGUAGUAGCCCGAGUAGGGAACGUUGUCUUCGAGCUGGAGGUGGCUCUGGAUCGACAACUCGGUGCGUUGCCUCUGCCUUUUCCCGGCAUGGACAAGUCUGGAGCAGCCGUGUGCUGUUUCUACCUGAAGGGCAGCUGCAGCAAAGGAUCCGCGUGUCCCUUUCGGCACGUUAAGGGCGACCGGACAGUGGUAUGUAAACACUGGCUUCGCGGUCUUUGCAAGAAAGGUGACCAGUGCGAAUUCCUUCACGAGUUCGACAUGACGAAGAUGCCAGAAUGCUACUUCUACUCGCGUUUCAAUGCAUGCUGUAACAAGGAGUGCCCAUUUCUGCAUAUAGAUCCCGAAUCAAAAAUUAAAGAUUGCCCCUGGUAUGACCGAGGGUUUUGUAGGCACGGCCCGCUCUGUCGCAAUCGACACACGCGGCGCGUCAUGUGCAUUAAGUAUCUUUGCGGAUUUUGCCCCGAUGGACCCGAGUGUAAAUUUAUGCACCCCAUGUUCGAUCUGCCUGUUCCGGACCCUGCGCAACAAGGAAGGAACAUUGUGUGUCAUUAUUGUGGUGAGACCGGUCACAAAGCAUUAUUUUGCCAAAAGAUGCCCGAUGAUACGCGCGACGAGCACCAAUUUCGUGUGCAGUUCAUCAACCACCACAGCGGAGCUUACCGACGUGAUCACGACGAUGGUGGAGGACCCAGCACUGGACGAGGGAAACGAAACCUCAGGCCACUGGAUCAAGUCACCUGCUACAAAUGUGGUGAAAAAGGACACUACGCCAACAAAUGCCCCAAGGGACAUUUGGCUUUCCUCAGUAGUGCUCUCCAUAAUUAACCGUACGUGUAAAGCUGAUGCACGCA